UUUAAAACUGCAAACACAUUGCUGCCUCCAAAGUGCCUGGGGACUGAUGUGCUGGAGUGCCAGAGAGUAAGGCAGCAUGAGAAGCCAACUGGAAAAGCAGCUUCUCUUCUUCUCUCUUCUCUGCAUCCUUUCCAAGGUCUGUACUCAGCUCUGCCGGACACCAUGCUACUGCCCCUGGAUCCCACCCCGCUGCCCUCCCGGCGCCCCUCUGGUUCUGGAUGGAUGUGGCUGCUGCAGGAUCUGCGCACGACGGCUGGGAGAGCCCUGCAAUUACCUCAAUGUGUGUGAUCCGAGCCAGGGCCUCAUCUGUGAUUACAGUGAUGACCACCUGGGGAGAGGAGGAACCUGCAACUUUGAGGAGGAAGACGACAGCUGCGAGGUGAAUGGAAAGGUCUAUCGAGACGGUGAGGUGUUCCAGCCCAGCUGUAAGAUCCGGUGCCGCUGCUCAGAUGGAGGCUUCACCUGUGUACCCCUCUGCAGCGAGGAUGUCCGCCUUCCCACUCCAGACUGUCCCCAUCCGAGGCGUGUGGAGGUCCCAGGGAAGUGCUGUCAGGAAUGGAUCUGUGAGAGGCAAGACAGUCACUUCCUUCAGGAUGCCAAGCCAGUGCUUAGGCCGGCUGCGGCUGCAUCAGCAAGCUUAUCCUACUUCUGUGAAGAAUGGAGCACAGAGUGGAGUGCCUGCUCUGCAACCUGUGGCAUGGGGAUUUCGACAAGGGUGUCAAACCAGAAUCGGUACUGCAGGCUCGAAACUCACCAACGUUUGUGCAUGCUCAGACCCUGCCAGGCUCUCCCAGGAACAUCUAAUACAAGGGCAAGAAGAGGUCGUUUGUAGCCCCUCCCACACCGUUCAGAUUUUGGAGUCAAGACUUCAUCCCAGCAGCCAGAUUGACCCAAGCCCAGGUCGCUAUGGUUGCAGCAGAAACGGGUGUUCUACCCCCAAUUAAGCUAGGAAAGAACUGACUGACUGCAGCUGCAAAGGAGGAUGAAGAAUCUGGAACAAGAUCCCUGCCCCCUUGCUCGUGCCCAUUACGGUUUCUCUAGACAAUGUGGGGAAAUCCUGCCACGUGUAUUUUAAACUGUGCCGUGGCAACGUAAGCUUAUUGCCAGCUUGUGACCACUGUCGUAGUACGUCCCUUGCAAACGAUGCUGUGUGGGUACAGUCACUCAUGGGAUCAUGCAUGAUCUCCUCUGCGGGAGAGUCAUUAUAAUGCCCCGGCAGGCCAGGCUGUCGCUGCUUUUCCAAGUAGGUUUUUAUCAUUCAGAAUUAAGCAAUGGGGUUAUUCUGGUGUUAGCUAUGCACGUGGAGUCUGGGGCUGUCACUCUCAGGCAGGUUCUGGCUACCCCCUGCGUGAGGCGAUCUCUUAGGAGUGCCGGGAUCCCCCAGGAAAUGCUCAAAUGGAGCAGUCACUGCAGUAGGGGAGGCAAGGAGGGUACAGUAAGGCUGGCUCCUCAGAUACAAAUGUGCUCGGCGCUCCAGGUUGGCUCCAAGGCUCACUGAAGUCGAUGGACAGACUCCCAUUGAUGUCAGUGGGCUUUGGAUCAGGCCCUGAGAGUGCUGUAGAGUGCAAUUCCCUGUACAUGGAUUUAAAAGCAUUAUUAAAGGUUAGCGGAUCUCAGCCUCUCCUCUGUCUGUAUUAGGGUCCCAUAUGGAACGCCCGGCUAUCAGCAUUGCCCAUGGGGAUGUCUGGCUCGGAUAUCCCGGAUGCGUGCUCUAAAGCAGUGAAUACCUUCCCACAGCAGCAC